GUUAAACAUAUUGCUGGCUGGUAUGAACCCCUUCUAUUUCCAUGCAGUGAAUGUAAUUUUACACUGUCUAGUGACUCUUGUGCUGAUGUACACUUGUGACAAAGCUGUGUUCAAGGACUGUCGACUUGCUUUUGUCACGGCGCUGUUCUUUGCUGUGCAUCCCAUUCACACCGAGGCUGUAACAGGUAUAGUAGGCAGAGCGGAUGUCCUAGCCUGUCUACUCUUUCUGUUGGCUUUUCUCUCCUAUAAUAGGAGUGUGGAUCAGCUUUAUGUUGGGGAACAUUUCCCUCCCACUGCCUCCCCAUUCUUUUUGCUGCUUAGUUUAUUCCUUGGGACGUGUGCAAUGCUGGUGAAAGAAACUGGAGUCACUGUGUUUGGUGUUUGCUUGGUUUAUGACUUCUUUUCCCUCUCCUGCGAUGGAUUCAAGCUGAGAAACGGAGGGAUCCACCAGAGACCUGUCCGUCAGUCCGUGGCUUCUCCCUCCGCCUCGCUGCAGGUCCCUCCAGCCGGCCGGGAGAAUGGGAAGCAUCGCUUUGCCCACCGGGGCACCUGGAGCUCCUGCCACCCAGCAUCACCCCAGGAGCAGCGAAGCGGUGGCCUUUCUGUGCCCAACAAAGCCAUGUGGGCUAUUCGGAG